UGGUAUUUCCUAUGCUUUCAAGGCCAUAUUAAAAUGUACUUAAAUCUUCAAAACCCUAUCAAAAUACCAAAUCCAAAAUCCAAAGUUCUCCUCCUUCUGUUCAUUAUUCACCAUGAAAAUGCACCUCAAUAGUGUGCUGAGCUCAAACAAAUGAGGUAAAAUCUCUGUAUUUUACACUUUACAGUACAUUUUCCAUCCCCCAAUAUGGCCACUUCUUUAUCCCACUCUCCACAGCUAUUGACUUUCUCUUAUAGAAAGUCUAACCCAUCUUUCUCAUUCCCCAAGAUUCACUCUUUCUUGCAUCAAAAUCGACAAAUUCACUUAAAGACUCAAUCUUUUCCAAUAUUACAAACUUUUAGCCAUCUGGGUCGUGUUCAAAGGAUAAUUAGAGCUUCUUCUGAUAGUUUUCUUGAAGUAAUUGAAGAGGAAGAGGGUUUAUUACUUACUGAGGAGAAACCAUUGAAAUUCCUGUUUUGGGUGUUGUUUUGGGCGUCUGUAUCUGUUGGUUUGUUUGCAGUUUCUGGGGAUGCAAAAGCUGCUGCUGACUCUAUUCGGGCUUCGGGUUUUGGUGUAAAAGUUGCUAAUGCUUUGAGGAGUUCAGGAUGGCCUGAUGAGGCUGUUGUGUUUGCUUUGGCUACACUUCCUGUUAUUGAGCUUCGUGGGGCAAUUCCUGUUGGUUAUUGGUUGCAACUUAAGCCUACUGUGUUGACUGUUUUAUCUGUUCUUGGGAACAUGGUUCCUGUCCCCUUCAUUGUGCUCUACUUAAAGAAGUUAGCAAUUUUCCUUGCUGGAACGAACAAGUCAGCAUCGAAGCUUUUGGAUUUGUUGUUUGAGAGGGCCAAAGACAAGGCAGGCCCUGUGAAAGAGUUUCAAUGGCUUGGUUUAAUGCUCUUUGUGGCAGUUCCGUUUCCUGGAACCGGAGCUUGGACCGGAGCCAUCAUAGCUUCUGUGCUCGACAUGCCUUUCUGGUCCGCUGUUUCAGCAAACUUUGUUGGUGUUGUCUUGGCUGGCCUUCUAGUGAACUUGUUGGUGAAUCUUGGACUCAAGUAUGCCAUCAUAACCGGCAUAAUACUAUUCAUUAUUUCGACGUUCAUGUGGAGUAUCCUUCGAAGUCUUAAAAGCUCUAUGAGCUCAUCAAGCUGAUAUCAAAUACUGUUGAAGUUUUGAGGUUAUUGGUAUAACCCGUUAUGUAUAAAACAGAAAUGGAGAAGAGAAAGAGAAGUCCUUUUUCUUUCUUUAAUCGAUCAGUAAUUUAUUUUUUUUGUUUGCAUGACCAUGGUGUCUGGCCAGCUUUCGCGUAUCUCGACUAAUUCCACGGGGUACCUCCCACCAGCAAUAUGUACCAGGUAACUCUGUCCACCAAGGCUUAGGACAGAUCAGUACUAUAACUUUUUCUUCACACAUUGUUACUGUUUGUACUGGGAUCCAUCGUAUCAUCUCUUCAAUCAAGAAUGGCUCAACAAGACAAAUUCAGCUGUCUAACACAA